AAUUCGUUGACAAGAAGUGCACCCCUUGCCAAUGAUUCCCAAGCACGCAGUGGUGCCCGCUUUCAUACAUCUUACGAUAAAAGAUAUAUCAUCAAAACUAUAACAAGUGAAGAUGUAGCAGAAAUGCACAACAUACUGAAGAAAUACCAUCAGUUUAUUGUGGAGUGUCACGGGAAUACACUUCUUCCCCAGUUUUUGGGCAUGUACCGGCUUACUGUUGAUGGAGUUGAAGUAUAUAUGAUUGUUACAAGAAAUGUGUUCAGCCAUCGUUUAUCUGUUUAUAGAAAAUAUGAUUUAAAGGGCUCUACUGUGGCUCGAGAAGCCAGUGACAAAGAAAAGGCCAAAGAGCUGCCGACGUUCAAAGACAAUGAUUUUAUUAACGAUGGCCAAAAGAUUCAUAUUGAUGAGAAUAACAAAAAGAUGUUCCUUGAGAAACUCAAGAAGGAUGUUGAGUUCCUUGCUCAGUUGAAACUCAUGGACUACAGCUUGCUGGUUGGAAUACAUGAUGUUGAAAGAGCUGAACAGGAAGAGGUAGAGUGUGAAGAGAAUGAUGGAGAAGAGGAAGGUGAAAGCGAUGGGACCCACCCCAUUGGAACCCCUCCAGACAGUCCAGGAAACACACUGAACAGCUCACUGCCUUUGGCUCCGGGGGAAUUUGAUCCAGCUAUUGAUGUUUAUGGAAUAAAAUCCCAUGAAAAUGCACCUAGGAAGGAAGUAUACUUUAUGGCCAUUAUUGACAUUCUUACUCAUUAUGAUGCAAAAAAGAAAGCUGCCCAUGCUGCAAAGACGGUAAAGCAUGGUGCUGGUGCAGAAAUUUCAACUGUUAAUCCUGAACAGUAUUCAAAGCGCUUCUUGGACUUUAUUGCCAACAUCUUGACGUAACCUCUCAUGUUACACGGGACAGACACGAGACCUGGGGACAGCAGCAGUGGCUACAAGAGUAGGGAAAAAAAGGAACUCAGAGAAGCGCUCAUCUUACAGAAAGCAACCCCUUUGUUUACAUCUGCUGGCAAAGAUGACUGAAGUGGGGUGGAGUACUUGCUUUAACAGCUGCCUGAUAUUCCCAGCAUAGUUCUAGCUAUUUCUGACUCUUUUGUGUGUGCAAAAAA